AGUCUUGCAUCACAUCUGUCAUCAUGAGAGGCGAGGUUUGCCAUCUCCAUAUCGGCCAGGCUGGUACCCAGCUUGGAAACAGCGCUUGGGAACUCUAUCUUCUCGAGCACGGCUUGAAGGCUGAUGGGCGUCUGGACCCUGAAGCCACAGAUGUUGGUGAAGCAGGCUCCUUCGAGACCUUCUUCACCGAGACGGGCAGCGGCAAAUAUGUUCCCCGCUCCAUCUUCGUCGAUUUGGACCCUUCCCCAAUCGAUGAGAUCCGAACUGGCCCGUAUCGACAGCUCUUCCACCCUGAGAUGUUGAUCAGCGGAAAGGAAGAUGCCGCAAACAACUAUGCUCGUGGUCACUACACCAUCGGAAAAGAACUCGUCGACAGUGUCAUUGACCGCAUUCGCCGCGUUGCUGACAACUGCACGUCCCUCCAGGGAUUUUUGAUCUUCCACUCCUUUGGCGGCGGCACCGGUUCCGGUUUCGGUGCUCUCCUCCUGGAGCGUUUGUCCACGGAUUACGGCAAAAAGUCCAAGCUCGAAUUCGCAGUCUACCCGGCUCCUCGUGUCUCCACCGCUGUUGUCGAGCCGUAUAACGCCGUUCUCUCCACCCACAGCACUAUCGAAAACUCCGACUGCACCUUCCUCGUUGACAACGAAGCGGUCUACGACAUCUGCCACCGCAACCUGGACAUCCCUCGACCCGGUUAUGAACAUCUCAACCGCCUUAUCGCUCAGGUUGUCAGCUCCAUCACAUCUAGCUUGCGCUUCGACGGUGCUCUGAAUGUCGAUCUCAACGAGUUCCAGACCAACCUGGUCCCUUACCCUCGUAUCCACUACCCCCUCAUCAGUUAUGCGCCUGUUGUAUCCAGCAACAGAAGCUCCCACGAAAGCUUCAAAGUCAAUGACCUUACAUUCCAAUGCUUUGAACCAAACAACCAGAUGGUUGUCUGCGACCCCCGCAAUGGAAAAUACAUGGCCGUGGCCCUCCUCUACCGCGGUGACGUCGUCCCCCGCGACUGUAAUGCCGCCGUCGCUUCACUCAAAGCCAAGACCUCCUUCAACCUUGUCGAAUGGUGCCCUACUGGCUUCAAAAUUGGUAUCAACUACCAGAAGCCCAUGCGUGUACCGGGCGGCGAGCUCGCCCCCGUCGACCGCUCCGUCAGCAUGUUGUCAAAUACCACAGCCAUCGCUGAGGCCUGGAGCCGCCUCGACCACAAGUUCGAUCUUAUGUACUCGAAACGUGCAUUCGUUCACUGGUACGUUGGUGAGGGAAUGGAGGAAGGCGAAUUCUCUGAGGCGCGUGAAGAUCUUGCUGCGUUGGAGAAGGAUUACGAGGAGGUUGCUAGUGAUAGUCUGGACACCGAGGGUGAUGAGGGUGUUGAAUACUAAAUAUGACACGAGUAACUAUUACUUGAACGAUUCUUUUCUUUUGAUUUUACUUGAAUUACAAGACAAAAAGGGAGAGAACAGAACAUAAUAGUUUAUGAUACACCCACCUCCCCUUUCCCCAACCCAAUCAACCGACCCCUGUUUUUGAAUCUUUUCGCGUGGUUAAUAUCUACUCGUGCCAGCGCCAGCGUUUGUGCGAGUGCCGUCCUUUCGAACUAUAUCCUCUUGCUUCUAAUUCGAUCCUAUUCUUUUUGAGAUGUUGAUUUUUUGUAACUUGUUUUGUGUGUGGGAUGUUUUGCAUCGUACAGGAGCGAAGGAAAUAAGAGUAAUAGAGCAUAGGAAACUAAAGUGCAAGCGGAAAAUGAAAGUCGCAUAAAGAUAAUU